AUGGACAACUCGUCUUUCAACGAACUUAUUAACUGGGGAGAUGAUGGCUUGACCGAAUUCCCAGAUUUUGACUGGGCUCUUUUUGACUCUGUUUUCUCCUUUUGCCCGGAGCAGCCCAUCGAAGAAGUGCCAGACCUCAUCCCUGACAUCCAACCUGUGGAGCAGGAUGCUAUCUCCUCCCUUUGCGGCCAAGUUGAAGAACUAUCCACUCGUGUCGCAACACUUGAAAACCAACUGAAUUCUGAGAGCCGGUAA